AUGCAAGAAAGUUUCUCGUAUAUCCUAUGUUUAGGAGAAGGCAUGGAGGCAGGAAGUAGUAAAGAUUUUUCAAUUGAAUGCAAUGUGUUAUUAUGGCAUGAUAAAUAUGACAUGCUCAUUUUUAGUAGUAGGGUGUCUUGCAAUACACUUCAUAAGUUCGGUGUUGCCGAUAUAUUUCAAAAUAUUAUACUCAGCUUAUUCGCCGAGAAGAACAUGUUGUCACUAUUAAUAAGAUUCUUGGAGCAAAAAUCACAGAUUGUACGAGUUCAAUUAUUGCAAACAAUUAAUAUCUUGCUGGAAAAUCUUCGAAAUAGAAAUUCUUUAUAUUAUUUGCUAUCCAAUAACCAUAUCAAUAAUGUAAUUGUUUAUAAAUAUGACUUUUCCGAUGAUGAGCAUCAACAAAAUUUUCCUUUAUACACCGAAGCAAUCAAGUUUUUUGAUCACAGCGAGAGUAUGGUCCGUACGGCCGUUAGAACACUCACCUUAAAUGUUUUCAGAGUUGCUGAUCCUCCGAUGUUACGAUUUAUUCGAAAUCGAACCGCUAUUCCGUACUUUUCUAGCUUAGCAUGGUCGAUUGGAAAUGUAACUUUGCAGAUUGAUACUUAUCGCAUUAAAUCUAGUUUAUCAAAUUGUUCAAGAUUAAAAGAUCUCGUUGCUGAACAUGUGGAUCAUUUACACUAUAUCAACGACAUUUAUUGUCUUAAUAUCGGCUGCUUAAAUAGUAUCUUAACAGAUCAACUACUCAAUCGAUUGAUAAUUCCCUUGUAUGUUAAUUCCUUGCUUACUCAAGAAAUGCCAAGAGACGAUGGCGACAACGGCCAAAGCGCGAAAACUAGAAUUCAUCCUGCCAUUGCCAUUUAUUUACUCUCUCAGAUAUUCUAUAUUAUUUCCUAUCGACCGCUGAUCUCUUGCCUUUGCGAUAUUGUACUGUAUGGCGAGGAAUCUAUUCUAAUGACGAAAGCUCAUAAAUCGUCAGAUGCUAGCAGUAAUACUUCUUCAGGCUUAAUGAAAAAGAGAAGCGUAUCAUUACUUGGCUGUUACCGCGUCUUUGGGCCUCCACAACAAGGCUUAAGUCAGACAUUAUCUGCAUUCAAAGUCAAGACUACUACAGCUACCGUCAAUACUAGCUUCGACGGAGAUCAGUUUCUUUUUCCAGAAAGUUCUUCUGAUGAGCUUAGUGUUUCUUCGGACAGUGAGAGUAGCUUUUCCGACGUUGGCACUAGCACAACAACAGAAAUUGAGCAGCGGCAAGAUGAAGAAAAUUCUAAUAACCAAUCAGAUGCAAGCUCAUCGGCGAUGUCGAAAAUUGACAACCAACUGGAUGAGAACUCCUUAUCAACACUGAAAUCUACGUCAACUUUAACUGCUGAUUCUGGAUGGCCUUCCGAGAUCAACACAGAAAAUGGAUCGUUGAUCGAUUCAGCUGUUGAAAAAAAUUCGAACAUUUGCGAUGACGCAAAUUCUGAAUCCACUGAAGCGACGGAUAAUCUAUCUACUGUCGAGGGACAACUAAAUAAUAGAAGCUCAACGCUGUUCUGGAAAGAAUUGCUAAAGUAUAUUGAAAGUAGCGAUGAAGAUACUGCUAUACUUUUUAUAUUAAUUUUAGUAAAUGGCAUUUUGGAAACUAAAGGUAUAUCCCCAAGUUUGUUAAAAAACCUUCUACCGUUAGGAGAAACGCCUAAAGCGGAGGCUCCUCAUCAUUAUGAACUUGUUGAAAAACUAUUCAGCAUUACUGAAAUGUCUUGCUCUCAAGAAAGCCAUACCCGUCUUGUUACCUUUGAAGUUUUAAUUAGAACUUUGGAACACCUAUCUAUAAAUCCUCAUUCAAAUGCGCGAUUGCUUUGUGAAAAUCAUGUGCAAUCACUUUACAGGGUACUAGAACUUUCUGCUGAGCAACUAAGGGUAUUUUAUACGGUGGAAGAUGUAUUCUUAGACAUGUUUGAGGAUGAAUACCGGAGUUUAAAGAAUAACAAGCCUAUUGGAAUUAGUAAGCUAAUCAUGGACGGAUCGUUGCUACUUCCCUACAGCCGCUCCUCAAUUACCACUAUAGAAUUUUCUAAACGUUUACCUUGUAAUUCAAUAGAAAGGGCACGCCGAGCUAUGAGAAUCUACUUAAUGACCAGAAAAUUAGUUAACAAGUUCGAAGGAACAAGAAAUAACAAUCUAUCGUUAUUUGAUAUUAUUGGAUCAAUAAAUGUUAAAGAUGUUUUGGAAUUAAGCAAUAUCGAUUUAAUAGCUUGCCAUGUCAUAACGAGCGAAAAAAUGGUCCGACGCUUUCUAGCUAUUAGAGAAACACAGUUUAUCUUGGUUGAUACAGAUUCAACGAAAUAUGGAUGGGGUAUUGUUCGUUUUGUUGGAAACUUGCAGGACGUGGAAGUGUCCAGCGAACGUGAUGACAACAAAUCUCUUCAAAUUAGUAUACGGCAAACCUCAACUGCAACUGCUAUUAGUCGCGGUACUUUGUCCAUGUUAACGGCAAAGUUUGUUUUCACUGACCAUAUCAACUGUAUUGUUGCUAGACAGCGUUUAAAACGAGGUCGACUUAUCGUCAGACAGAAGAAAUUAUAUCAACUCGGGCAAGUGCUAGGCAUUUCAUUUUCAGCAGCAAACCAGGCCGCAAAUGCCGAUGAUGCUGCUAAUAUUAUAAAAAAUGAUUCCACAUCCGAUUUGCAAAUGAAACCCGCUGUAACUGAAGAAUUUUCUACAAUUAUUAAUGAAGCACCGAAACCUCAACAUGAGUUGAAACUGGAUGAAUCCACCAUCGAUAAUAGUCGCUCUAAUAAUGAUUCAGUUACAGAUGAAGCAACUGUACAAACACAAAGCAGCAACAGCGAUACCUUUGUCAACAAAGCAACAGAUAAAAGUGAAAUUUCCGCUUCUAAUGUACAACUAUUACCUCCUUCCCCUGUAUUCGAAAUAACGUCUGGAAAUGAAAUUAGUGAAGAUAUGUCUUUGAAAGGAAGUCUAAAUCGCUCCCUAGGAACUGCAAACUUAGGUAAUAAUGAUUCAGUUAGGUUAUUACCUCCUUUAAAAGGUAAUUCUGCACAAAAAAAUGCAGUAGAUGGUGAUUCAGACAACAACAUUGAGGAGUUAAGAAAUGAUACAAAUUAA